GAAAACACUGACUCUGCAAAUUAUGGAGCAAAGUGAAAAAUUCCGUUUCGAGUACCUUUUCUUUAUUUCUUAUCCCCCAAGAAAAAAAAAAGGUAGCAUCAUGAUGGAAAAUUUAAGCAGAAGCACUGUAGUGUUCCUUCUCUUCUGCACCGUGGUGGUUCUUCAAUUCAAGAUCGCCGUUCAACAAGGUGGCGCCGGCCACCGUGUUGUUCGAGAUGAAGCAGAAUAUCCACUCUUACGUAAGCAUGUCCUGGAUACUGUUUCCCUGCUCAAAAGGUCUCACAAAAGCUCGUGGGAGAAGGUCAAAUCUGUAAUUCGCGACCUUCAGAUGAAGUUCUCCCCUCCAAAUUUGGAUUUCAGGACAGGGAAAGAGGCCCAAAGUGAUGGAAUGAAAGAUGCAGCAGAGAAGAGCUUCCAUAAAAGCAAAGAGACAGUAAAGGAAUCUGCAAAAUCUGCAGCAGAAAUGGUUGGAGAUGCAGUUCACAAGACUGCACAAAAGGUCAAGACUACUUCCUCUGCCUCUGCCUCUGCCUCUAAGCGAGAGUCUGAUUCAGAGCUCUAAAUAUUUUUGUUAUAUAUAAGCACGCAGACAUAUUUGUUUAAUCAGUAGAAACAAUUUAUAUAUCUUCAAGUUCUAAUACCUCCAAAUUCAAAUUUAUCCUCUCUAUA